UAUGUUAUGAAAUUUAUCAGUGAUAGUAAUGAAUUAAAAUUAAUACUCUUCAGUAUGAUAACAUAGCAAAACGUCGCGAAAUAUAACCGUAAACUAUUGAUAUCUGAAAUAGAUAUCCAUACGCGAUUUCGUCAUAGGUGAAGCGGUCGACGGAAUCCAAAUAACCAAGAUGGCGGACUUAGAGAGUUCUCUCACGGCCAUGGACUGGCUUCCAAGAUUAACUGUUGGAGGCGCGAUGGCUGGAGCCGCCGUCGGAAAGGAAGGGACAACAAAUGGUGCAUUAGCAAAAGGAAGUUGUGGACAUGUUGCUCUACGAAAAGGGCCGAAUUCACCUUUAGAUACGAGUGCAACUUUAGACCAAAAUGAAGUAACUGGGCAAAGGGACGGAAAGCCACCUUAUAGCUACGCUAAUUUAAUCACAUUUGCUGUUAAUAGUUCACCGAGAAAGAAAAUGACAUUAAGUGAAAUAUAUCAAUGGAUAUGUGAUAACUUUCCUUAUUAUAAAGAGGCGGGGAAUGGUUGGAAGAAUUCAAUACGGCAUAAUUUAUCGCUAAACAAAUGCUUUUUAAAAGUACCCAGAUCUAAAGAUGAUCCAGGAAAAGGAUCAUACUGGGCAAUAGACAGUAACCCUCCCGAUGACCCUCUUCCUGCACGACACAAAAAACGCAAACUUAUCCUCUCAGAUCGGGGUUCCCCCUACAGUCCAGAAUCAGGUUUGAGUCUGAGUCCUAGUAGUAUGAAUUCUGGCCCCACACUCAAUGUACAGGUAACCGCAUGUGCAUUGCCUGUCUCUCCAAACAACCAGACGUCCCAAGCACACAGACAGCCACCUCCCCCACCACCACCAUUCAUGGACAGUCACCAUGGUAUUGAAGAUCUUAGUGCAUCCUUUAGGAGUCUGUACAAAUCCAUGUUUGAAGGCGGAGGGGGACCACCAGGCCAAAGCAACACCGAUACUUUGCCAGAACCUGACAUUAAUAAGCUCUUGAAUGGAUCUACGAACCUAGGUCAAACACCAUCAUUAGGAGGUUCCCUGACAGAUUGGCUGCAAAAUGUUGAUUCUCUGAAGGAAAGCUUACGUUUGGCAGGGUCUGGGAAUUACGACUUUCAAAAUAUUGAUAUCACUCAGUUUCAAGGUCUGAUGGACACGAUGAAGAACGCAGACCAGUCUAACUGGUCUCUCAACCCUGAGCAGUUUCAAGAUCUUGCUUCAUCUUUAAAUAACUUUUUCAACCAGUCUUCUUCAAACCUGCCACCAACUCCACCGAAUAAUCCAUUGACAGUCAACAUAAAACAGGACUACAGCUCCGAUACAAACUCCACCAUCACAUCAUUGAAUAAUAGUAGUGGAUCACACCUCACUCUUCCCAUCACAUCAACAUCCGCAUCCCCACAGAUCAGUCCUCGGUCAACGGGUGGGGGAUAUAGUCCAAGUCCUUCCCAGGCUGUCAUUGUACAACCCACACAGACAGCGCAGUAUCAGUUACGGGAUGAUAUAGAGGACGAUUUUAACUGGGACAAGCUACUAUGAUACACUGUUCCCACUAUCAUUAUCAUCAUCAUUCAUUCUCCUCAUCUACAUAUACUUUAUCGUCGUAAUCACGCUGUGCAUUAUAUUUUGUGACUGUCAUUCAUCAAUCGUGUGGUCUGUUAUUUAUAAAUGUGGGAAGCUGUGCAAAGAUUAUUGUGGAAUUUCGUGGUUAAUGUAAUUUUCGUGGAAAAAAGAGAGAGAAAGUCUCAAGUGCUGGAAUGGAGGAGGAUACCUGAUCAUAACAAUGAAAAACUGAAGAGAGAACAAAAUAAAGGAGUGCUAUUAAUAUCUUCACAAAGUUUGUAAUGAAUCAUUGAUUAAAAAUAAUUAACAGACUGUUAAUCCCAUGAUUAUACUACCUAUAUCUAACUAAAUAUAUGAUACUGGCUGUAGCAGAUUUUGGAAACAGAAACAAGUUAUAGCUUAAGGCAAAGGGUUUCUGACUCGUAGAAAAUGAGCUUUAUUAAGUGGAUGGGAGCAGAUUUUUUUUUUUUUUUUUAAUUUAGAUUUAUUGAUGAUUGAAUGGAUGGACUAGAGAUAAGAGCUAUAUAGACAAACAAUCUCAUGGCAACUGAAUUUAUGUAGCUUGACUAAUUUGUGAUUUCACUAGACAAGUUGUACCUCCUAGAUCCAUUAAUAAUUAAGUUAACAUAUUCACAUCGAUGUGAAUGAGGAUGGCAGAUUACUUAUUAAUGAAUACUUUCUGUUCUUUUUGUUCUUUUUCACUUUAUAAUGUUUUAAUUUAUGGUUUUCUCAACAUGUGUGACUUAACUUGGGAGACUAAUUUUACAUGCAAUAUGUUGACUCAGUUAUUUGAAUUUGCCCACGAGGUUACAAAUACUUGAAUUACAAGUGAUCUUCAGUAAUUCUACUUACUAUAGAAUUGUAGUGUUAGUCUAGAUCAUUGUCUGGUUUCUGUUAGUCAACUUCAAAUCUAAUACAAAUGGCAAAUUUGAUUAUAAUAUUGUGUGUAUGUGAAUGAUAUUGACUUAUUAACCAUGAAUGUGAUGAGCUAUUCGACAGAAUUUGUGUGUAGGUGUGGAUAGUAUAGGUACGUGUGUGUGUGAUUUGGUGUGUACACUUAGGGUGGAUGCUACACACUUCAAAGUUCUCAGAUUCCUUAAAGAUCUGGCCCACAUAUCUUUCUCAAAUUGACUGGAUGACAUUUUCAAAAGAGAGAUUUAAAAUUUGAAACCAGUUCAAACUUGAAUAAUAUUAAUAUAGAAAUCAACAAAUCUUUAUAAUAAAGGUAACAUCAAAUAGAUUUUGUCUAUAUUUAAUGAUUUUAACACCUACAUACAAUAUGAUCAGUUGUAUGUGUAUAUUGUUGUGAGGUAAAUUUUGACUUGAUGUUUGUUUCUCAAAAAUGUUUUAUUUGUGAAGAUACAGGGGCAGGAUGCUACUGCCCCACACAGUGAUGUCCACGAUACAAUUCCUACUUGUAUACAUGUACAAAUGGUGAUUUUGUUCAAAUGACUUGAUUGAAACAAUGUGUACUUUCAUUAUACAUCUACAAAUUUGUAUCUAUUGUACAGAACUAAGUUAUUUUCCAAGAGAUUUCAGUGAUAAUUUAUAAAAUGUAAUAAAAAUUGAUAUAUUUAUGAAAGUUAUUGUACACUACAUUAUAUAUAUACAUAGAUAUAUAUUGACAUUUUACUUUUGAAAUAUGUUGAAUCAAAUAUUUUAUGUUUAAUAUGAAUUACCAGGUACAUGUGUAUUUGAAACAUUUGAAGUCCACUAACUAUAGUGGUAAGUUUUUCUUUUUAUAGGUAUUUUUGUCCCAGAUGCCUGCUUAGUAAUAUGUCUUGUUUGGGUUGUCAAAAUAUUUCAUUAUUUGUGGCUUACAUUAUCCUGCUACUUCCUUGUAAUAAUUAGAAGUAAAUUCAGGUAAUGGGGG